CAUCUUUUUUGUUUUUUGAAGUUCAUAUUGAUCUCCUCCACUUUGGGAUGUAUGUAGAAUACCUGGAAUGGCUUUCCUACCUUCCAAACCCACUUAAAACGCGUUAAAAAGUCGCCUGGAAGAAUUAGCAGAUUUUGAUCACGUGAUUUAUUGAAUCGGACGAGUGCACGACUUUUCAAGUUGACACGAAAACUCAACUCACCGUGGGCGUAACAAGGAUCUGUUUCCACAAUAAACAGUAACAAUCCAUAACGUCAUAAAAAGUUAGCGGAUCAGAUUCCACAUCACUUACUGGCGGAGCAAUUGCAUCUUGGAAGACACCUCAACUAUUUCAAAUCCGUUGAUCCCAUUCGAAUUAAGAACCUUUGAAGUGUUAAAUACCGAAGAUGGUAGUAUUGGCAGCGUCUAUAUGUACCCGUGGAGGUAAGGCAUUGUUGUCUCGUCAAUUCAAAGAUUUGAGCAAGGAUCGUAUCACCGCCCUUCUUGCCAACUUUCCUAGUUUGAUCAAUGACUCCAGUAGUCAACACACCACUAUCGAGGACGAACAUGUGCGGUACGUCUAUCAACCACUUGAGGAAUUCUACAUUGUGUUGAUCACCAACCGUACCUCCAAUAUCCUCCAAGAUAUCGAUACCUUGCAUCUCUUUGCUUCCACCAUCAGCAAUUUAUUAAGAAAUGUGGAUGAAGGUGAAAUCUUCGACAAUGCUUUUGAGAUCAUCAGUGCGUUUGAUGAAAUUAUCACUUUGGGAUACAAGGAGAAUGUCACCAUGAGCCAAGUCCAAACCUUCUUGAAAAUGGAUUCCCAUGAAGAAAAGAUCCAAGAAAUCAUUGAAAGAAACAAGGAAUUGGAAGCCAAUGAAGAAAGAAAGAGGAGGGCCAAAGAAAUUCAACGUAAAGAAUUGGCUAGACGUAACAUGGAACAAUUUCCUUCUGGUGGUGCCGGUGGCUACGAUUCAUACCAAACUUCUCAAACUACCCAAUCAUAUCAACCAACUUAUCAACCUACCCCUGUCAUUGAGACCAACACUCCUUCUCCUGGACUUGGCGGCAAGCCAAUCCACGGAAGAGGUGGCUUACAAUUGGGUAAGAAGCCAACUAAGAUCACCCAAGAAGCCCAUCAACCCCUCUUGGCCCAAUCUCAACCUGUUUUCCAACAUGCCAGUACUCCAGUACAACAAAAGGCUCCAGAGAAGACUGCUUCUCCUGCUCCAUCGGUGCCAAAGGUUCAAAACAAUGGUAUUUUGAUUACUAUUAAUGAAAAGGUUACUGCAGAACUUACUCGUGAAGGUUCAAUUGUUCAAUCCGAAGUCAAGGGUGACUUGCAAUUGAGAAUAAAUAACGCUGAAUUGGCCAAUUCCAAACUUUUGCUCAAGACUGCAAAGUCGGGUGGAAUCCAAUACAAGCCACAUCCAAACGUUGACCGUAACUUGUUCACUUCCCGUGGAAUCAUUGGCUUAAAGGACAAAUCUAAAUCAUUCCCAGCCAAUGACCAAGCCAUUGGUGUCUUGAGAUGGAGAGCCACUGGUAAGAAUGAUGAUUCCUCCUUGAUUCCACUCGUUAUCACUGCUUGGGUGAACAUCAAUGACCAAGGCAUUGCUGAGGUCACUUUGGAAUACGAGUUGACCUCCGACUACAUAGAAGCACACAGUGGUACCAACCAUGCUUCUAUUGAAAAUGUCAAAUUGUUGGUCCCAAUUGUGUCAUCUGAAGUGAACUUAAACAAUGAAUCCAACCAAAACAUCUCUUAUGAAGUCAGUGACUUUGGCGUUAUCUUUGAUAUUGGUUCCAUCUCGCUUGAAGACUCUCAGGGCUCUUUUGAAUUCACCAUUCCAGCUAAUGAUGAAGAUUCUUUGUUCCCAAUAGAAUUGCAAUUCGAAAUCAACAACACUGAAGUUACCGAAAGUGAUGUUUCCUUAGGUAAGGUCCAAGUGAUAGAUGUCGUUUCCAACAACGAGGACGAAGCAUCCUUACCAUUUGAUUUGCACUCAAGCGUUACCUCUGAAAGUUUCCAAGUUAAUUAAGCCUAGUUUAUAAAAGUACUUAGUACAAUACAAGAAUUC